UCCGUCUUCCCCUAUUCCCGUUCUUCGCGAAAAUUUUGUAUCGGUUCCCGGUAUUGCACGGAGCUACACCGUGGACUCGCGAAAAAAUCCUUUUUGUGCGUGUGACGACAAAUAACUGUGACAUCUGACGUUUAGUUGACAAAUAUACUUGUGGAUGUGGUUGCAAUUCUCAGAGGUGUCUCAGAGUUUUGAAGUUCAACAGUUUUAAUUUACAUUUGCAGAAAUUACUGUAAUUUAUACAUUCUAGAAUGUCAGGCUCUGACGAUGACCCAGCUGCAGAAUUUCUAGCUCGUGAACAGGAUGAACUUGCUGGCCUGGAGGAUGAAGUUAAGCCAGCUGCGGUAGCGGUGCCCGUGAUGAACGGAGGUAAAAUCUGUAAGGGGCGUUUCAUACAGGAACGGAGAUAUUCAGGGGCAACCGAGGCAGGGGCUCCAGUGUUUUCAAGGUUGAAAAUCAUUGUCUUUUGUGAGGAAUAUGAUAGUAGGAUGUCGGAUACUUGCUAUGUUCUCGAUCCCCUGUAGCUCUGUUCUUGGUUUCAUCUUGCUCAAUCAGGAAUCCUUGGAAUGACCCUAUCAACUCAGCAGGCAGCUUCGAAAUGGUUGAGAACAAUGACCAGGACUUCACUAGGGAAAAAGUAACAAUUCCUGAUUACCAGUUGGAUCUGGACAAUGAUUUUAAUAGGGCAACUCCAUCUCCUCCAAAGCAAGAAGAUCGCGUGGAGCCAGAAAAAAUUAGAAAAUGGCGAGAGGAACAAGCAAAACGAUUGGAAGAGAAAGAUAAAGAAGAGGAGAAGAAAAAACAGGAACUGAGAGAGAUUGCUAAGAAGGAACUUGAGGAUUGGUAUAAUAACCAUGAAGAAACAAUUGCCAAAACCAAAGCAGCCAAUCGAAAUGCCGAAAAGCAGUUUGUUGCGGAGGAUGAUGCUCUCGAACCAGGUACCGAGUGGGAACGCAUUGCCAAGUUAUGCGACUUUAAUCCAAAAGCUAAACAGGGCAGCAAAGACGUAUCCCGCAUGCGUUCUAUUAUCCUCCAGAUGAAACAGAACCCAGUCCCCAUCAAGAAUCAUUCAUAAUUAGCUGAUAUGGCGAGUGACAGCGAAAGAUAAAUGUUAUAAAAAUGAUAUAAAUAGUGUGUCACUUAGGAUUAGUUACAGUAGCUGUGCUGAAGUAUCAUUGAAGGCCCAAUAUCAUCAUAAUCUUUGUGUAGUAGUAUUAGAUGAAAAAAAAAUGGUUAUAGACAUUUCAAUCCACAUGAAUAGGGUUUUUGAUGCGAUUAUUUUCAUUGAUUUUACAUUUAUCUACCCGCAGUAUAUUGUGGCAGAAAUUGAACUCUCUUUGUGAUACUCACAUUUGUAUAAUUAAUUUUUAAUCUAUCGCAAAGAGAAUUAUGGUUGGAAUUCUGUAACACUCGAACCUCGACUGUUCCUAGUUGAAAAAUUAAAUAAUGUCAUUUAUGUCACCUUUCUUGAGUUUAAGCUGGCAUUUCAUGAAGUUGUCGUUGCUGAACCGGAACGCUGCCCUUCCGGUACCUUAACUUACACUCUGGCAAGAACAGUUACAAUACUUCCGAAUUUAUGGGUGGCACGCAGGAUAUUCGAAGUCAGUAAAAAAUUGAAUUUCAAACUGACAAUUUCCUUUUGAAACUAAACUAAAUCGUGUAAUCUGUCGAGUAUAGCACUAGAAGCUAAUCAGCUGGAGAACCAUUUACAUAUUUUUAUGAAUAACUCCUUUUCUCAUAAAGCUGUAAAGCACACUUUUCGCGGGUGUUUGAAAUUCAAAAUUUUACUAUCUUAAAUACAGUGUGAACUCCGCCUUAAAAGUGCUUUGCGCUGAAUUUAUUAUGGGCUCUCACAAGAAUGACACAGAGAAAAGUAAAAAAUGCAAGGUCCUUGGAGGAGAAUACAAUUUUAUUAUUUAUAGAUGUCUAUGUUAUGUCUGUUAUUCACAAUAAGCUAAUUAAAAAUCUAUAAAAACGAAAUAUAGAAGAAAUACGGUUUUGUCAGUUUAUAUUCUAUGUUUAAAUAUAAUUGUAAUCUAUUGCAA